GUCUUAAUUUGUGCAAAAAUCCCUCCUAAGCUCUACUUUAGAAGAGAAGAGACUCGUAUAGAAAAACUUGGGCUAAAGUAGGGAGAAUUAUGGCAGAAUUCAGGUUGCAAGGAUAUUCUAUUACUAUAACGCCAUUUUUAGCAGGUGCAGUGCCGUUCUUAAGUAGUUUUUCACUCUCAUUCUUGUCAUUACUCAGUAGGAGUAAAGCUACUCCUGUUGCUCAGAUCCCAACACCUAUCAUAAACAUGCAUAAUUCUUUGUGAGUGUACUGGCUUAAGGGUCUUCUCGUCAUUGGCAGUCCCUUUCACCAUAUAUUUCAUAAAAAUAUUGUUUAAAAUCACACUGAAAUAAUUUUUCCUUACUACAAUUUAAAAAUAGCUUUAAUCGUGGAAUUCCUGAAGAAAGAUAGCCCCACUUAGAAUAUGAUGCAUAAGGUCGCUGAUCUUAAACAGAGGGACUACAUAGAUCUUGGCAUAAUGCUUCAGGGCUUCGUUUACAAGAUAAUAUGAAAAAGUAGCUCCUACAGGGGCACAUUAUAUGUACAGCCACGGCUCGAGUGUAUCGAAAUUUGAACCGUGUCCUUCUGGAGGAGCUGUUGAUACAAACCCAGCCAACACCCUAGCAAAUGUGAUAGAUAACCCAGAUACGAAGGAUCAGAAAUAUGGAUAAACUAUCAAUGGGAGAAACCUCAGCCUUGGAUGUGCAAAGAAUUUUCUUUGAAGUAUUAUCUUCUCCUAAGUCUGUGAAUAAGAGCCGUGUUGUUACUUUAUCAACAGAAAAAAUUGUAGAGAUUUCAGCUAGCAGUAUUACUCGUCUUGAAGCUAUCCUUUCACUGAGGAUUGGGAAUCCCAGUAGGAAGUCUCUGAACAACCUCAUCUAUUUGUUCUGUAUAGGGAACUUCUGCAUCCCCUGGAUUGAGUAUCAAAAUUUUCCGACAGAUCGACAUUAGGACAGUCAAAAAGAACAAAUUAAAAAAUAAAUAAGUUAAGGAUAUUCUGGAGUAAAACAAAUUGUUAAAUUCUUCUUUGUUGAUCAAAGCGUAAUAAUAGACCCUGGUACAAACAAUAUAAUCUCAAUAUACUCAAUAAUCCGAAUUUCUUCCUUCAUGAACACUCUGGCUAGAACAAUACUAACAAGGAUUCCGAUUGGGCCAAGAACACCUAAGAUUGAAAUCUUAGUCAUAGUUAUUGCACCUAAGUAAAGAGGUUGGGCCAGAAGUACCAAGGUCAUCCCUAUCCACCAUUUCUUUACCUUCAGGUAUGGUACAUCGGUAUAUCUAAUAUCGUUAUGAGCCUUUUUCUGCAGCGCCCAGCCCAUAGCGGUAGAAAUUAGGCCAAAAAUAUUGAAUUAUAA